GCGUGGUUUCUCUUUGGUUGGCACGCUCUAACUGCGCCAGGGUCACUGAUCUUGCCAUGACUGUGGUGUCAUAACGCGUCUGACGUGUUUGAGGAUUUUUAGUUAUCAAGUAGUCGAUGGCGUCUGCGGCCUUCCGCAUGUGGCUCACAUCUGCGCGAUGCCUGCGCGGUCGCGGAGUCGUAGCAAAACGGGCGCAUCUCUUCUCCUUUGGAACCCCCGAAGGAGCUGCGAGGUUUUGCUCUACUCCCAACUCCAAGAAGGAUGCUACCGCAUCCCCAAAAGAAUCAGCUCACAGUAUUGGUGGUCCCGAAUACUUCAAGUCGCUUUACUAUUCGUCUCACGAAACAGCAGAACACCCAACAGACUCUCAAGUGACGCCUGCUUCGGAGGGGAACCCAGAAGUCUUUCAGUUACCCGACGUUGCUGGUCUAGAGAACGAUGACCUGAGCACACUGCAAAAUGAGCUUGCCCGUGAAGCCAAGUUGGAUGCGCUGUCGGAAGACGUUGACGCAGAAUUUCUCGAUACGAUGGGACCUGCUCUUCCUAAGGCUUUCAACCUGGCAGCGUAUGCCAACAAGUCUGUCACGGUGCAGCGGUUUGUGGAGCUUGGUGUCGACUUGUCAGUGUUGGAGAGAAAAGGUCUUGGGCAGGAGAUAAUCACGCUUGACUUUGAAAAGGAUGUUGAGCCGGUGAUUCGAUUCCUUACGUCACAUGGUGUGCCAGCCGAGCGGCUCGGAUGGUGGUUCACGAAGAAUCCGCACCUGUUCCGGGAACCUCUGGAGAACCUCCAGGUGCGAGUCGAUUACCUGUUGUCAAAGCGCUUCUCACCAGAGGCCGUGACACGCAUCCUGAGCAAUGCACCACUGUUUCUCGCCUUCCGUGUGAAUAGCAUGGACUAUCGCCUGGGUUUUCUGCAACGCGUUCUCUCCCUGUCUGGUGCCGAAGUGCGCCACAUCGUUACACGGUAUCCCAAACUGCCAACGUGCAAGUUACAUUCAAUUGAGUGCAAUGCCUUUUCAAUAAAGGAGGAGAUGGGCUUCACCGUGGAUGAGAUGAAGCAGCUGAUCAUGGUUUGCCCGAAGCUCCUCAUCUCCAGCCGUGACAAUAUCGUCAAAGCCUUCACCUACCUUCACAAGGAAGCAGGCCUGAGCCAUGCACAGCUGAUGCAAUUUCCGGGCAUAUUGCGAACACGUGAAUGCAUCUACAAGCCUCGUCACCAAUUUCUUGUCAAGCUGGGUCGGGCACAGUUCAACCCAAAAGAGCCCAACUACGUUUCUCCAAAAGCGUUGGUCACUGGUGUUGAUGCUGUGUUCUGCGAAAAUGUUGCCAAGACAUCUGUGGACAAGUACAACGAAUUUCUAAGGACACUGUGAUGUGUGCAGCUGUGAAAAACCUAGAGAAA